AUGGCGAUGAUGAUGACUGGCCGUGUGCUGCUGGUGUGUGCCCUCUGCGUGCUGUGGUGCGGUACUCCUGGCGGUAGGUGUGAAGAAGGUGGGACCGGUGAAGCUCUGCCUGUUGCUUCUUCGAGUGUUGUUGGUAAAAGUUUACAGGAACCAUCACCAAUUGGACGGGGAGAAUUACACAACCCAGGUUUAAACGCAUCAGGUAUUACAGACCAAAAUGAGGAUUCAGGUGACGAACAACCUUUGACAGAAGAAGAGGAGGAAGAAGCAUGCUCUGAUGAAGAUGAGGAUGAGCCAAAUCCAAUAACAUCAAAAUUGCCAUCAAAACCACCAGGAGGAGGAGAAGGAGGAGGGGAAGUACAACCAAAAGACGAUGAUGGAAAACUGGAAAAAGUAAAUGGAAAUGGACCACAGCCGCAAGAUCACGAAUCUCCAGUCCAAGAAGAGGAUACAAAAAGUGGGGAAGAGAAAGAACUGACGCAGGAAAAAGACCAACAAGCAAACGUUGAAGCAAAAACACCCAGUAAUCCUGCAGGAGAUUAUUCUCCGGGAGAACACAAAGGCAAUGAUGGUUCUAAUGAAAAAGAAGAAGAAGAAGGGGAGGAAGGUGCUGAGGGUCAUGAAAGACAUCGGGCUCAGGAGAGAGAAGAGGCUGCACAUGUCUCAGGUGCCCCGGAAGUAAACUCCACUGAUAUUCAGCAGGAAGUCCAACGCACACAUGCAGGAGAAACUCCGACAGGAAUCAAACAAAAAGCUGGAGAAGAAAGGGAUGAUGAAACAGAAGAGGAACGAGAGGAACAAAAGGGAGAAAAUCAAGAGAAUCCUCCAGACAAAGAAAAAGAAACCAUAACUGGUGCAAACGCCACUAAUCAAAUAAACACGACGCCUGGCGACAGUGACGGCAGCACCGCGGCCUCCCACACCACCUCCCCUCUUUUGCUUCUUCUUGUUGUUGCGUGUGCGGCUGCUGCUGCGGUGGUGGCCGCGUGA